AAAAGUUUGGUCGUUCUUCUGUCACUUAGUCUAUGAACUGAUUUUGUGAACGACCCCGUUGAUUUUGUUUCAAUUAAAUAAGCGAAAAAAUCAAAUAAAAAAAUUGUUCUACUUUUCCAGCGCACCAUAUAAUUCGAUCAAAAGUUUCUAUAUAAACAGAACCAGAAAGCGAGUCACACAUCACAUGUGUUGGUGUGGCCUGCGUCCGUUUCUCCUCUUUUCCACUCUAAAUCCCUCAAUCGCAAUCAACUCCGACCACCAACGACCACCGUCCAUGGCGGCCAGACUAUCCAUCUCCACCACCUCCACAGCCUCCGCCAACUUCAAUCGAGCGCCGCCGAUCCACCUAAAACCGACCACCUCGCUGGCCGCGCCAUCGGCUCUGCUGCUCACCCCCUCCGCCCUGAAAUUCGGCCGGAUUUUGAGGAAAAAACAUAGUCUGACCGUACGUAUGGUGAUGGAUAGCGGGGAAUCGAGCGGCGGAGCGCAGUCCGCCGGAAUUCCAGAUCCGGCGGUGGAAAGCGCGGCGGCGCGCGCGGUGGAGCGGGCGACGAGGAAGAGAUCAGAGAGAACCACUUAUCUGGUUGCGGCGGUCAUGUCGAGCUUCGGAAUCACGUCAAUGGCGGUCCUGGCCGUUUACUACAGAUUCUCCUGGCAAAUGGAGGGUGGAGAAGUACCAUACGCUGAGAUGUUUGGUACAUUCGCUCUCUCCUUUGGGGCAGCUGUGGGAAUGGAAUACUGGGCAAGAUGGGCACACAAAGCUCUAUGGCACGCUUCAUUAUGGCACAUGCACGAGUCACACCAUAGACCGAGAGAAGGACCUUUCGAGCUGAACGAUGUUUUUGCAAUAAUUAAUGCUGUCCCAGCCAUUGCCCUUCUUUCCUACGGAUUUUUCCAUAAAGGCCUUAUUCCUGGACUCUGCUUUGGCGCUGGUCUCGGUAUUACGGUGUUCGGCAUGGCCUACAUGUUUGUUCACGAUGGUCUCGUCCACAGGAGAUUCCAAGUGGGCCCCAUCGCCAACGUGCCAUAUUUCAGGAAAGUUGCCGCUGCCCACCAGAUUCACCACUCGGACAAAUUUAAUGGCGUCCCAUAUGGAUUGUUCUUAGGACCAAAGGAACUUGAAGAAGUAGGCGGGCUAGCGGAGUUGGAUAAAGAAAUUGAUAGAAGAAUAAAAUUGUCCAAUCCUUCGUAAAGGUUUUACCAGAGCAUAGUUGGGAAAGAUUCAUGUAAAGUUAAUGUAAGAAUUAUAGGAGUCUUUGGUUUCGUUAAACAAAUAAACCAAAUAGAAAUUAUUUUUAGUGCAUUCCUUUUCAGUGUUUGAUGUUUCUAUAGUUGGAUUCUUUAUGGAUAAUCAGCACUUGGGAAAUGGAUUAACG